AUGUCCUUGCCCGAGGGGCUAUUAGGCGCGGUCGAUGUCGUGGGGUGGACAUGCCCCGCGCUCUUGGAGGAAUACGGCCGACCGCGCUCGCUCCACACCCCACAAGAGCAAUUGAGCGAAGCGCAGCGCAAUGACUUAAGUAACCACAGCUGGGUGCCGAUGGAGCACUAUUUUGUGGACGACUCGCGCCGGGGUCAAGGCACACAUUACCAGUAUCAAAAAGGCCAGCUGGCGAGCAUGGUGUUGCGCGCAGGUCGCGCCCUCGCCCAGCUAGCGCAGCGCAAGGCGGCUUCCGCUCCUGGUCUCCUGCCGGAUUUGCAGGCGCCAUCGUCCUUGACCGCACACGUGCGCCAGCAGCAAAAAGACAUGUGGUUCUUGGAUGCGGCAGCUCAAACUAUCAAACCUGGGGCACGAGUUUUGGUGUUUGGAUCGACCGAGCCCUGGUUCGAGGCCGUGGCCCUGGCACUCAACGCGUCGAGCGUCGUCACGGUUGAAUAUAAUAAGCUGACCUAUGUGCAUGACCGCAUUCAGACUUUUACUCCAAGCGAAUUUCACGCCUCUGCUGUAAGCAGCACUCGCUUUGACGUGAUCAUCUCCGCCUCUUCCUUUGACCAUGACGGACUGGGACGAUAUGGCGACCCACUGGAUGGCCAAGCUGAUUUGAGGGCCAUGCGGCUGUGCCGCUGUUUAUUGCGGGGUGGUGGUACACUGCUGCUGUCCAUUCCUAUUGGCCCCGAUGUUGUCGUGUACAAUCUACAUCGCCGAUAUGGGCGGCGACGCUUGCCACAUAUGCUGGCGGGCUGGACGCCAAUCUUUGUCACGGGCUGGGAUGAGGCUCGAUUAGACGCCGACAACAAUUUUCGCCAAUCCUUCGAGCCUGUAUGGGCCUUGCGGAAGACGCGCCUGACCAAGCCCUCUGGGCAGCCGUCAGCAAAGUCCAACCCUCGAGUUGAGCUAUAG